CCGUAUUCCAUGCUACGAUGACACACUAAAUACAUGGUUGGUCUCGGUCAGGUGGCAACAGCUCCAAUUUAGAAAUGUCAACUACCAAGGCACAACACUCGACGGGCGCAAGCAUGCAUUCUUCGAUGACCGCGCCCGCGGACGCGAGGAAGCUCCUAUCACUUUUGAGGGCAGCCAAGACUCAACAGGACCUCACUGCCCAGCCUGCACGAGGGAGAGGCCUGUGGCUUAACACAAACACCUGGCAGGCGGUCGUCAAGCAACUGGAGCUGCAGCUGGCGGACGUUGAGGCGCUGCAGCGGCAGGUUCAUGAGCGUGAUCAGCUCCUGGCGGAGCUGCGGGCGGAGGCGGCGGCGGACCGACAGGCCCAGCAGCGCACCAUCUCGGAGCUGCAGGCCCAAAUUGGCGAGCUGCUGGGGCAGGUCGCCAACCUGCAGGCGCAGCUGGCGGCCAAGACGGAGGCGUGGGAGCAGCACAAGCGCGACCUGGAGGCUCAGGCGGAUCACCUGCUGUCGCUGCUGCACGACCGCCAAGGUUUGCUGGCGGACAAUGAUGGGCUGCGGGACGGACUGGCGGCGGCGCAGGCCGCCGCGGCGGCAGCGGAGCGGCGGGCCGCGGACGCGGAGGCUCGCGCCACAGAGCUGCAGCGAAUGCACGAGUACAUGAUGGGCAAAGCGGAGUCGGGCCUGACGGAGCGGGACUCUCAGGCCAUGCGCAUCCGCGACCUGACCACGGCGCUGGCGGAGGCGCGGCACCAGGCCGACACCUACCGCCUGCAGCUGCAGCAGCGCAGCCAGCCCGCGGAGGAGCUCGCGCGCGACCUCAAGCGCCUGCAGGCCGACAACCGGCGGCUGGUGGCGCUGCUGGCGGUGGUGCCCGAGUACCGGGUGCUUGCGGGCGAGGUGGCUGGCGAUCACGGCUGCCACUACAUCCCGCUGGAGGAGUGCCUCAUGGCGCGACACCUGGUGGAGGACCUGCACCCGCAGCUGCUGGACAGGCCAGUGGGGGAGGUGCCGGGCGGCCUGGCGGGUCCUGGCCGGCUGCGCGACCCGGACGGCGCCGACCCCGCCCUCACGGUGGUGCUGGACGAGCAGUACCACUGGGUGCCGCGCAAGGCGCUGGAGACGGGCGCGGCGCUGAUGCGGCGGAUGAUGCCCGCGCUGCCCAUGAGCCAGCUGCUCACGCUGGUGGCGGAGCUGAACAAGGUGUGGCGCGACCGCGAGAAGGCCCGGCUGGCGGAGGUGGCGGCGGCGCACGCCGCCGAGAUAAAGCGCCUCAUCGCCACCUUCAAGCAGCGCGCGCCCUACGAGGCCGUGGUGGCGGGCGAGAAGCUUAACGACCUCAAACGCCGGCUCAAGGCGCAGGCGGCGCAGGCGGCGGCGCUGGCGGCAGCGGCCAAGGGCGACCAGAAGCGCAGCGAGGACGACUCCAAGGCCAUGCUGCACGCCGGCCUGAGCACCAUCACUGACCUCAGCCGCCAGGUGGCGCGUCUGAACACCCGCAACAAGAAGCUGUCCAGCAAGGCCGCCAGGAAGCGGGCGGAGGCGGAGGCGCGAGGCCAGCCGGUGUGCAGCUCCUGCCUGGAUCGGCUCCUGCUGCCGGCCUCAAACGAGGCCGCGCACUACCUGGGCCGCGCCCUGGGCGUGGAGUCGCAGCCGCCGCCCGACGCCCCAGCCUACCCAAGCGACUCGGCGGCCGCCACGGCCGGCACACCUGGAGUGGCUGGCGGUGGCGGUGGUGACAACUCCCUGCCCUUCCAGCAGUACCAGCUCGUUGCCCCGUCAGCGGACAGUGAGGGACCCUACCACGAGCCGCGGCUCUACAGGGAGCCCGUUCACGCCACGCCCACGCUUCGCAGCCAUGCGGCGGCGGCGGCAGGCGGCGGCGGCGCAGAGCACCACCCGGCCUGGAGGGCGCCCGCCGCCGCCACUGUCCGGGUAAACGUGGUGCAGCCGCCGGCGUCGCCGCCACCGCCGCCGCUGUCGAACAUGUCUGUGUGGAGGCAGCGCGAGGCGGCGGCGGCAGCGGCUGCCGCCGCUGGCACACCCACGAGGCACUCAGCAUAUUCUGCGAUGGCAACGGUGGCAAGCGGCGUCUCGCUGACAGGCUCAGCGCCCUCAACAACACUGCUGAUGGAGCCGACAGCUGAUGGGCUGUCCAUCACUGCAUUCAACGCGCCAGCGCAGGCAGACGCCGGCGCAGGCCUAGCUGGCCUCGAGGCCGCGGUCCCAGAGCGGAGCACAGCCAGCCUGUCGGAGUGGCGAAGCGGGCCGGUCCCUGCCGGCGGCAAUGGUGCGGAGCCGUUGACGGUGCAGCUGCAGAUGGGCGGUCCUGGGGCAAGCCCCGGUCGCCAGCUGCUGCUGUCCACCGGCGGUACCAGUGGCGCUGGGCAAGGGCAGCAGCAGCAGCAGGGAGGCGGCGGCGGCGGCAGCAUCCUGGCCAUGCAGGCGCAGCAACGUGGCACGCCGGUGCGGGUGUCGGUGCGGUUUCCCCGCCACGACAUGCCGGGUGGAACCGGCACAGCGACCAGGGCCAUGCAAUAAUCUGCGGCUGUGAUCAGCCGUGAUCAGCGAGCCCCUGCGAGCCAUUAGAGGGCGCGGGUGGGAUCAAAGCAGGAUAGAGGGAGCAGGAUUGUGCCCGGGAGGCGGUGAAGGGAAGAGGGGCACCCUGCCGAACUGUUGACGAACCUCUUACAACGUUUGGAUCAAACCAAAACGGACGCUGCGUGGUAUUGUGGCUUUUCGCCAGUCCUUGUCACUGUGUAACAUAGUUUCUUG